GGUAAAACCAAACAUGGACGAAACUGAACUUUUUUGCGUCAUCUGCCAAAACAAAGUUGUCGACAUGGUUCAACUGAAUUGUGGUCAUGAUUUUUGCAAUAUAUGUUUGAAGAACUUGGUUUCGUAUGCCAAUAAAAAAAAGAGAGGCAGAUAUCGUUGUCCAUUGUGUAAAAAAGACUUCAUAGAGACUAAAGACGGUUACUUGACAGUAGAAGAAUCCGCUUAUUAUUCCACUGAAUCUGAUACUGAUACGGAUAAUGAAUUAGUAGAAAUGGUCUUCGAUAUUGAUUGCGAGUUGGUUACAGACACAGAGAUGAAUAUGGAUGAUGAUAACAAGGUAAAUGAAUCGGAUUCUUCCACUAAUUCGGAUUCUGGCACUGAAUCGGAUUCUUCCACCGAAUCGGCUACUGACAUAGAAAAGGGAUUGCAUAUUGCUAUCACCAUUUCUAGUAAGCAGUUGCCUACAGACACGGAUAUGGCUGAUUAUGAUGAUAAAAAUGAAUGAUGAAAAGAUAUAUAUGUU